UCUCUUUUUCUGAGAACGACAACACUUUUUCAUUCUCAUCACUUUCACCAAAAACCCUAAAUUCACAAUCUCCAAAUCAAUUUCAAACCCUACAAUGUCUUCACAAGUUGUUUUCCAAACAUUCUCUCAAUCAGAAACCAAACCCUCCACCGUCUCCACCACCACCGUUGCCACCACCAGUUCUGAUCCCAAUGCUCAACUUACCACCGUCAAAAGAAAAACCUCCUCUCGUUCCACCAAAGACCGUCACACCAAAGUGAACGGCCGUGGCCGCCGUGUCCGUAUGCCACCUCUCUGUGCUGCCAGAGUUUUCCAGCUGACACGUGAGUUAGGUCACCGUUCCGAUGGUGAAACAAUCGAGUGGCUUCUCCGACAAGCUGAACCGGCUAUCAUCGCUGUUACUGGUACCGGCACUGUCCCCGCCGGUCCGGUUUCAACAACCUCGCCGGCGUCUUCUUUCUCCAGGCCGUCUGUGUCCUGCAAUGUUGCUCCGCCGGUGUCAUCUGUUGGUCCCAGCGGUGGUGGAAUGUUUGCUGCUGCUGCUCUCCCGCUACAGCAGCCGAGUUGCCGGCUUGAUCUAUGUCCGCCGUCUGGAAUGGAGUAUGCUGUACCGAAUCGGUACCAUCAUAUGCCGUUCACGGCGUUGCUGUUGCAACCGAGUUCGGUGGAGGAGAAUCAGCAAGAAGAAUCUCUGAGCAUUAACGAACAAUGACAUUGCUGUAUGAUUGUGGAAUAGCAUUGAGAUUUAAGGGUUUCUCUCGUUGUUAUUAUUAUUAUUAUUAUUAAUAUUUUGAUUAAUUUUAAGGUUAGUUUUGGAGUUUGUUGAAAUCAACAACAACAACAACACAAUGUGUAAAAAUGAUUAGAGAAAGCUCAUGAAGUACUAUUAGUAUGAUCUAUAUGAUGAUGGAUCGUUUAUAAAAAUAGUUCUAAAAUGUAGUGUAUCAACUUCUAUGUUACUCUUUGCUGUUGUGUUGGCUGUUGGACAUGUACUUACAAACUUUGGAUUUGGACCCACUAAUGAUCAAAUGAUCAAUCAAUGAAUUAAUCAAGUUCUAUGAUGAUUGGGAAGAUAAACGAUUCUGCCCAUAA